AUGGCCGACCAGUUCGUCGUGCACAAGUUCGGCGGCACGUCCGUCGGCAAUGCCGCGUGCUUUGCCAAAGUCGCCGCCAUCGUCGCGCACCUGCCGGACCCGCGCGUCGCCGUGGUCGUGUCGGCCAUGGGCGGCCAGCCCAAGGUCACGGACCUGCUCAUCUCGCUGCUCGCGCUCGCCCAGCAGCGCCGCGCGGACGAGUGCACUGCGAUCUUGGCCACGAUCCGCGCAAAGCACCACGAGGUCGUGCAGGCGCUACUGCCGCCCGACGUCGCGGCCGCGAUCGACGCAGCGAUCGCACGCGACCUGCACGCGGUCGCCGAGCUCCUGCGGUCCAUCUCCAUCAUGCGGGCGUACAACGACAACGUGGUCGAGUUCAUCUCGGGCCACGGCGAGAUCUGGUCGGCCAUGAUCCUCGCAGCCGUCCUGAGCGCCACAACGCGCGCCGACGGCCGGCGCCACAGCUUUCGCUUCGUCGACGCGCGCGAGUUCCUCACGGUCGAGUCCACGAGCAGCGGCCACGGCCCCGUCGUGCAGUACGACACGUCCAUGCAAAAGCUGCAGGCACUCGUCCAGAACGACAGCACCAGUGGCAAUGGCCACGGCCCCCUCACGCACCUCGUGAUCACGGGCUUCAUCUGCAGCACCGCCGACGGCGUCAUGACGACGCUCAAGCGCGACGGCAGCGACUUUACGGCGUCCAUCUGCGGUCGGGUCUUGCGCGCCCGGAGCGUCACGAUCUGGACCGACGUGAGCGGCGUCUUGAGCGCCGACCCCCGGCGCGUGCCCGAGGCGCGCAUCCUGCCUGCAAUCUCGUACCAAGAAGCCAUGGAGCUCGCGUACUUUGGGGCCAAAGUGAUCCACCCCAAGACCAUGGCGCCCGCCAUGCUCGACAACGUGCCCAUCUAUAUCCGCAACACGUUUGCGCCCGCGGACGUGGGCACAAAGAUCGCCGACCAGUGCGCCGUCGCGCGCACGCGGUCGCUGUCCACUGGUGCGCCAACGGCCCGCACGGUCGUCAGCGGCUUCUCGACCGUCGACGACCUCGCGCUGUUCAACGUGGAAGGCAGCGGCAUGGUCGGCGUGCACGGCACGUCGUCGCGCCUCUUUGGCGCGCUCGACCGCGUCCAGAUCAACGUCGUGCUCAUUGCGCAAGCGAGUUCCGAGCACUCGAUCUGCUUUGCUGUGCCGCAAUCCGCUGCGGCCGUCGCGCGCGACGUCAUCAACGAGACGUUCUUCAAGGAGAUCCACGUCGGCCACAUUGACGCGGCCGCGUACGUCGCGCCCGUGAGUAUCAUUGCGGCUGUCGGCGACCAGAUGAACCAGACGCCCGGCGUCUGUGCGCGCUUCUUUGGCGCGCUCGGCCGCGCCCAGAUCAACGUCCUGGCCAUCUCGCAGGGCUCGUCCGAGCGCAACAUCUCAGCGGUCGUGCGGUACGAAGACUCGGCCGCAGCGCUGCGGGCCGCACACGCGGCGUUCUUCCUGUCGGACCAGACGCUGUCGAUCGGUCUCGUGGGCCUCGAGCUCGAAGCCGCGGCCCACGACACGGGCGUCGCGCUCUUGAAGCUGAUCCGCCAGCAACGCGCGUUCCUCACGCAGCGCUUCCACGUGGACCUCCGCGUGCGCGCGAUUGCUACGCACCGGUCGGCGCAGAUGCUGCUCGAUGUCGACGGCGACCUCACGGACGACGUCGGGACGACGCGGCGGCACGAGUGGGUGCCGUUCGACGCCCGCGCGUUCCUCGAUCACGUGUGCGUCGACCAUUUGCCCCACUGGCUCAUCAUUGACGUGUCCAACAGCUCCGAGUACGUGGCCGAUCUGUACCCGCAAUGGCUCGCGCGCCACGUGCACGUCCUGACGGCCAAUGUGAACAUCGCGUCCGUCUCGACGGCCGCGCACAAGGCCCUGCAGCAGACCGCAAUGGCCCACGAGCUGACGUACGACCCCGAGGCGACGCUCGCGCUCGGCGUCCCGAUCUGCCACACGCUCCAGAACUUCCUCCAGACCGGCGACGACGUCCAGCGCGUCGAGUACUCGGGCAGCCGCGUGCUGCACGCCGUGUUGGACGCCGUGUUGGCAUGCGCGGACCCGCUUCAAGCUGACCUGGGACCGAUCGUCGCGCACGUUAUUGCCCAGCACAAGAGCGCGUGCAGCGUCCGCGACCUCAUGGACGACGUCAUGGGCGUCCAGAGCGCCAAGAAGGCCGUCAUGAUUGCGCGCGAGAUGGGCGUCGACAUGGAGCUGGCGGACGUGGUGAUCGAGCGCCCGUGGACCGGCAGUCACGACCACGUCGAGACGUGGAGCUUUGACGACCUCGUGGCCUAUUUGGUGGACGCGAGUGGGCCGUUGCGGCAGCAGAUUGCUACAGCGGCCGCCGACCCCACGCAGGCCUUGCGGCUGCGUCAGAUGACGUACAUUGACGCCAGCACCGGCACGAUAUCGGUCCGCGUCGAGGCUUUGGCACCGACGCACGCGUUCGCCGCGCUCCAGAGCCGCCAGGGCGGCUUUGCGUUCUACACGCUGCGGCAUUCGCUGCACCCGGUCGUGGUCACGGGUCCGCUCGCCGACUGCUAUAUCACAGCGGGUUCGCUGUUUGGCAGUACGCUGGCGGUCGCACGGCGUUGCGGCGCGCAUCACUGCGGCCACGAGGCACUGCGUCCGCUGAGCUCCAAGGCGUGA